AUGUUAGUUUUUAGCGUCACGCAAAAACUUGAUCACGCCACUCGGAAAGCGUGGAAGUUAAAAACCGGUGACGACCCGAACAUUCCUUCGUAUGAAGCUCUCGACCGAUUUCUCGACACGCGCAUUCGUGCAUUGGAGGAAAUCUCUCCGGCUAAUGCUUCCAAAUUCUCGCGCGCGCCAAAAGUUACCAGUGCUAACGCCACUGCCUCUGGUUUAUCGUGCCCACUAUGUCGGGCCGCGCAUUUCAUUAACAAAUGUCCGCAGUUUUUGCGGAGGACUCCGAGUCAACGCCUUGAAGUCAUUUUAAAAGCGAAGCGAUGCGUCAAUUGUUUGAGCGCAAAGCACGCUGUACAAACGUGUCCGAGUCAAUACUCGUGCAGAACUUGCCAAAGCAAGCAUCACUCGAUGCUGCACGUUGACUCGGCUUCUUUCUCAACUGCAUCCGCUGUCUCUCUAAAAAACGAAACCUCGUCGAGUGUGUCGUCAGACUCUAUCGCGAUCACUUCGGCCACGGCAUUAUGCUCCCAGCUAACAGGCGUCGCGCUCCCGCAAGUGUUACUCGCGACGGCCCGCGUCACCGUCAGUGCACCGUCGGGUCGGACUCUCACCGUGCGAGCGCUUCUCGAUCAAGGCUCGGAGAUCACCUUCAUCACGGAGCGUCUCGCACAAACUCUCAGAAUGCGUCGCAUUCGCCAACCACUCUCGAUUUCCGCCGUCGGCGGAAUGAACGCCGGAACUUGUCAAUUCGCCGCUAAGAUUCGGAUCGCUCCGAUCAAUCAAGCUGCUCCCGUGUUCACGACAACCGCAUCGAUUCUCAAAUCUCUCACAAAAUAUUCGCCUUACAAAGCAAAUUCUAGCUAUGAUUGGAGCUAUAUAAGCGAUCUCAAUCUGGCCGAUCCGAAUCCAACAAGCGCUGACCCGAUCGAAAUCCUUAUCAGAGCAGACUUAUAUGGCGAGUUGCUGCUUAGCGGCGUUCGUAAAGGCGCCCCUGGGCAGCCAAUUGCGCAGCAAACCAUUUUCGGCUGGGUUUUGUCGGGGCCCAUUUCCGAGCUGUCGACGCAAUCGCGAGCGAUCACCGUUCAGCAUUGCGCGAAUUCGGAGGCUCUAGAUCAGGAGCUCAGACGAUUCUGGGAAAUCGAAGAAACUCCUCAACAGGCUCUCCUCAGCCCUGAAGAGCAGCAAUGUGAGGAGCAUUUCACAGCCACGCAUUCGCGCAGUGCUGACGGCCGAUACACAGUGCGCCUUCCGUUUAAGCGCGGUCCGCCGAUCGACAUCGGCGAUUCGCGCCACACGGCGGAACGCUUCUUGCGAGGCUUACAUCGUCGCUUCCUUCUACAUUCCGACCUUCGUGCGGCAUACGCCGAAUUUAUGCACGACUACGAAUCAUUAGGACAUAUGAACGAAGUGAAGAGCGAUCAAGUCGCCUCGCAGGAAGUGUAUCUCCCUCAUCAUCCUGUCAUUCGCGACAGUAGCGUCACGACAAGAUUGCGAGUCGUAUUCAACGCGUCGAGUCUGACGACCAAUUCAACGUCGUUGAAUAAUCACUUGCUCACCGGGCCAAAGUUACAAGCGGACUUAUCGGCGGUCAUUCUGCGCUGGCGACAGUUCCGCUACGUUUACGCUGCCGAUAUAACGAAAAUGUAUCGCCAAAUAGUUAUGGACCCGCGUGACAUCGAUUACCAGCGAAUUCUGUGGAGCGGCGCUCCUUCAGAACCCGCUCGAGCUUAUCAGCUCACUACUGUAACAUACGGCACAGCCUGUGCGCCAUUUUUAGCGCUACGCGUCAUUCGUCAGCUCGCUCAAGAUGAGGGUAGUUCUUUCCCACUCGCUGCUAUUGUGCAGCAAAAUACUUAUGUCAAUGACGUUCUCUUCGGGGCGGACGACAUACCUCUCCUUCGUCAAGUUCGCGAGCAGGUAUGCGCGUUGCUUCGUCGAGGCCGAUUCGAGCUGAGAAAAUGGGCGAGCAACUCUUCCCAACUCCUCAGCGAUAUUGCUAGCGCAGAUCACGGCCUCGUUUGCGAUAAGAUGCUUCAAACAGAUAACCAUCUUAAAAUUCUCGGCAUCAGGUGGAAUCCGUCCUCUGACGCCUUUCAAUUUAACGUCACGCUUCCGCAUUCCGAGCAGACUACCAAACGGUUGAUCCUUUCAACUAUCGCGAGAUUGUUCGAUCCGUUGAGGUGGAGUACUCCGGUUACUGUUAUCGCGAAGAUUUUCCUUCAGAAAAAGGAUGGCUGCUCAAAAUCGGAUGGGACAACGUGCUUUCCGCUGACAUUCUCGAUCGCUGGGACACCAUUCGCUCAUCCCUCGCCGCUCUGCACGGUCUUCAAUUGGAUCGCUGGAUCCAACGCGGUGCAGAUAGCGUCAGAUGCGACUUACACGGUUUCGCAGACGCAUCUUUGCACGCUUACGCUGCCGCUGUGUAUAUUCGAAUAG